AUGGCGCUGUUGGUGGACAGCCUGCUGGCUCUGCCAGGCUGUCUGCGGGCUGCAGCUUUCUGGAGCCUGGUCUACUCCUACUGCCUGCUCUGCGCCUGCACUGCGCUCCUCAAACUUUUCUGCAGCAUCUUCAUCAGGCCAAGGAGCACCUUCAGGAGGAUCCCUCGGGAGGUCACCCCAAGCUGCCUCAACGACCCCUCCCUGGGCACACACUGCUAUGUCCGGAUCAAGGAUUCUGGAUUACGAUUUCACUAUGUUGCUGCAGGAGAACGAGGAAAACCCCUCAUGUUGCUUCUACACGGGUUUCCAGAGUUCUGGUAUUCCUGGCGUCACCAGUUACGAGAAUUUAAGCGUGAAUAUCGGGUGGUGGCUCUUGAUUUACGAGGAUACGGCGAAACAGAUGCACCUUCUAGUAAAGAUAAUUAUAAAUUAGACUAUAUAAUUGUGGAUGUAAAAGAAAUUUUGGACUCUUUAGGUUACACCAAAUGUGUCCUUAUUGGCCAUGACUGGGGUGGGAUGAUUGCUUGGUUGAUUGCUAUAUGCUAUCCAGAGAUGGUCACCAAACUUAUUGUUUUGAGUUUUCCCCAUCCAACUGUAUUUACAGAAUAUAUUCUACAACACCCUUCACAAUUGAUUAAAUCCGGUUACUACUUCUUUUUCCAAAUGCCUUGGUUCCCUGAACUCAUGUAUACUGUAAAUGACUACAAGAUCCUUAAAGAUCUGUUCACUAGUGAAUCCACUGGAAUCUGGAGGCACAAAUCCAGAUUCACGGAGGAGGACAUGGAGGCAUACCUUUAUGUGUUUUCCCAACCAGGAGCCCUCAGUGGUCCUCUGAACCAUUAUCGGAAUAUCUUCAGCUGCCUACCAUUAAAGCAUCACCAGGUGACCAUGCCAACUCUGCUACUAUGGGGAGAACACGAUGCGUUUGUUGAAGUGGAGAUGGCCGAACUAACCAGAGUUUAUGUGAAGAAUUACUUUCAGCUAUCAGUCUUGUCACAAGGCAGCCAUUGGCUUCAGCAAGAUCAGGCAGAAUUGGUCAACACCUUGAUAUGGACUUUUCUACAUGAAGACAGAUUUCGAAUAAAAGACUGAUUUUGGCACUAUUAUUUAGACACACAAAAAAGGUCUAUUCUUGCUUUUUUCAAGUCUUUACUGCUAGGAAAAAUCACCUAGCAGGAAGAUGAUCUAUUUAUUAAAUAAAAAAAACAACAGAAGUUAUCUAACAAAGGGCCAUAUUUAGCUUGUCUCAGUGAACAUGGUCACUGUACUGUGUCUACUAUAACGUCACUGUGUAUUUUUACCGGAGCGGAUUGUCCUGUAAACCGUGUCAGUUGUCAAUGCCAGUCUGAUUUGUAGUGUUAUAUUUUGCACAUAUACAUGCCUUAACAUCUCUGAGUUUACACAGUACAAAAAAAAAGUCAUGGACGUGUCAGAAAUAUUGCAUUAUUUAAAAUUGUUGUGUGGUGCCUUGUAAAUUUUUUUUUAAAUUUUAAAUACAGGGGUGCCAAUGGCCUACCGGUCAUAUGGAUAUAAUUUAGUUUUUAUUUUUUUACUACAUUUUGUAACAUCACAAAAAUGUUGUCGCUGCACAGAACGGCCUGUCCUGAUCCUGUGACUCUUUGUAUUGGAAUCUGUUAUGGUGGCUCUAUGUGUUUCUGCUGUUU